UUUGGUGUGGCUUUUCAAGGUUUAGAAGAUGAAAGUAGGACGUCGUUUUUAAUUAAUAUCGGUCUUCUUGUGGGAACAUUAGAUGUGGUUUUGGAUUCCAGUGCCAGAGUUGCCCCAUACCGUAUUCUGCACCAGACUCAGGACUCUCAAGUGUAUUGGGCAGUGGCGUGUGGAUCAUCUCGUAAAGAGAUCACGAAGCAUUGGGAAUGGCUGGAGAAUAACUUACUGCAGACUCUAUCCAUCUUUGAUAAUGAAGAAGAUAUCACCACCUUUGUCAAGGGCAAGAUACAUGGAAUAAUUGCUGAAGAGAACAAGAAUGAGCAGCCCCAGAGUGAGGAGGAUCCAGGUAAAUUCAAAGAGGCUGAACUGAAGAUGCGGAAGCAGUUUGGGAUGCCUGAGGUGGAGAAGUUGGUCAAUUACUAUUCCUGCAGCUAUUGGAAGGGGCGUGUACCCAGGCAGGGUUGGCUGUACCUCACCGUCAAUCACCUCUGUUUCUACUCCUUCCUGCUGGGCAAAGAGGUGACUCUGGUGAUCCAGUGGGUGGAUGUAACCCAGCUAGAAAAAAAUGCUACACUGCUGUUCCCUGAGUGCAUUAAAGUAAGCACAAGGGACAGUGAACUUUAUUUUUCCAUGUUUCUCAACAUCAACGAGACAUUCAAGCUGAUGGAGCAGUUGGCUAACAUUGCUAUGCGGCAGCUAUUGGAUAAUGAGAGCUUCCUACAGGACAAGUCCCUCCCAAAGCCCAGGAAGCCUCUUAAGAACAUCUCUGCAUUAAAAAGAGACCUGGAUGCUCGAGCCAAAAAUGAGUGCUACCGUGCCACCUUCCGGUUGCCCAAGGAUGAAUGCUUAGAUGGACAUACAGACUGUACCUUGUGGACACCAUUCAACAAGAUGCAUAUUCCUGGCCAGAUGUUUGUUUCCAACAAUUACAUCUGUUUUGCCAGCAAGGCAGAGGAGGCCUGUCAUCUCAUCAUUCCUCUCAGGGAGGUGACAAUAGUUGAGAAAGCAGAUAGUUCCAGUGUCUUGCCCAGCCCUCUGUCCAUCAGCACUAAAAGUAAAAUGACCUUCUUCUUUGCCAAUCUGAAAGACCGAGAUUUCUUGGUACAGAGAAUCUCUGACUUCUUGCAGAGAACGCCAUCCAAGAAACCAUGCAGCAGCGACAGGGAAUGGAAGUGGAAUUUGGCUGAUCCUGGUUGCGAGGAAGUUCCAGAGUUGCCUGCCAGCAGCCCACUUGCAGUUAGCCCCACAUCUGCUCUCAGCAAUCGACCUGUCAACUUCUGUGCCGGGGAAGUGCCAACAGCCUCACAGGGACUACUCAAACUCUUCAGAAGAAAUUCUGAGGAACUCUUAGGACCCAAAGGGGCAAAGGAGAAGAUGAAGGAAGAGUCUUGGAAAAUUCAUUUCUUUGAAUAUGGGCGAGGGAUGUGUAUGUAUCGCACUGCCAAGACUAGGGAGCUGGUGCAAAAAGGGAUCCCAGAGAAUCUUCGUGGAGAGCUGUGGCUCCUUUUCUCAGGGGCUUGGAAUGAGAUGGUGACUCAUCCUGGUUACUAUGCAGAUCUUGUGGAGAAGUCAAUGGGAAAGUACAAUCUUGCUACAGAGGAAAUUGAGAGAGAUCUGCACCGUUCUAUGCCAGAACAUCCUGCCUUCCAGAAUGAGUUGGGAAUUGCUGCCCUCCGGAGAGUCUUAACAGCUUAUGCAUUCAGAAAUCCAACAAUUGGGUACUGUCAGGCCAUGAACAUUGUUACAUCAGUACUGUUGCUAUACUGCAAUGAGGAAGAGGCUUUCUGGCUCCUAGUGGCUUUAUGUGAGCGGAUGUUGCCAGAUUACUACAACACAAGAGUAGUGGGUGCAUUGGUGGACCAAGGCAUCUUUGAAGAACUUACACGAGAGUAUCUUCCACAGCUGUCAGAAAAGAUGCAGGAGCUGGGAGUGAUUUCCACCAUAUCCCUUUCCUGGUUUCUCACUCUCUUUCUCAGUGUCAUGCCCUUUGAGAGUGCCGUGGUCAUUGUUGACUGCUUUUUCUAUGAGGGAAUCAAGUUUAUCUUGCAGGUGUCAUUGGCCAUACUUGAUGCCAACAUGGAGAAGUUGUUACAGUGCUGUGAUGAAGGUGAAGCCAUGACUAUUCUGGGCAGAUAUUUGGACAACGUAGUUAACAGACAGAGCGUUUCCCCCCCUAUUCCCCACUUGCACGCCUUAUUGACGAGUGGGGAUGACCCGCCACUUGAAAUUGACAUCUUUGAACUCAUCAAAACUUCCUAUGAGAAAUUUAGCAAUUUGAAGGCAGAUGACAUUGAACAAAUGCGUUUUAAACAAAGGCUGAAAGUGAUCCAGUCUCUGGAGGAUACAGCCAAGAAGAGUGUGGUCCGAGCUGUGUCUAGUGACAUUGGUUUCUCUAUUGAAGAACUAGAAGAGCUGUAUGUAGUGUUCAAGGCAAAGUAUCUGAUGAGCUGUUACUGGGGAAAUAAUCGUGCUGCAGCUGCCCGCCGAGAUCAGAGUUUACCCUACCUGGAGCAGUAUCGCAUAGACAUGGAGCAGUUCAAAGAGCUGUUCAUCAGUUUGACCCCCUGGUCCUGUGGCGCACAUACGCCUGUGCUAGCAGGGCGUUUGUUCCGGCUUCUGGAUGAGAACAGGGAUUCUCUCAUUAACUUCAAGGAGUUUGUGACAGGGAUGAGUGGCAUGUACCAUGGUGACCUCACUGAAAAACUCAAAGUACUUUACAAACUGCAUCUGCCUCCUGCUCUGAAUCCAGAGGAGACAGAGUCUGCUUUGGAGGCCACAAGUUAUUUCACAGAGGAUGUUACAACAGAAGAAACCCAAGAAGAUAAAGGAAGGAGAAAUGAGAAUGGUCCAGAAAAAGAGGAGAAGGGUACCAGUCCACAGGACUACAGAUACUACCUAAGAAUGUGGGCCAAGGAAAAAGAGUCCAAGAAAGAAACUAUUAAAGAUCUCCCCAAAAUGAGCCAGGAACAAUUCAUAGAGUUAUGCAAGACCCUUUACAACAUGUUCAGUGAGGACCCAGUGGAGCAAGAGUUGUACCAUGCAAUUGCCACUGUAGCCAGCCUCCUUCUGCGAAUUGGGGAGGUUGGGAAAAAAUUCUCCAACAAGCCCAUGAAAAAGUCUGAGGACUGCAAAGCAAACAAUACCCAAGAUCCUGUGAGUGAAGAGGAGUCACCAACAUCUGAACAGAGUCAGAAUUCAGCAGUGGAGCAGCAACCCCAAGCUGACCAUGAGGACAAAACCUGUGGAGAUGCUCAGCCUGAAAAAACACAGCAGGAAAACCAAACUCUAGGAGAUGGGUCAGGGGAAGGACAAGGCUCUCCUUUACAGCUGCUAUCAGAUGAUGAAACCAAAGAUGAUAUGUCCAUGUCUUCCUACUCCAUGGUCAGCACAGGCUCCCUGCAGUGUGAAGACAUUGCAGAUGACACGGUCCUCGUUGGUUGUGAAGGCAGUAGUUCAGCUGCCAGGUAUGGUAGUACCAUUGAUACUGACUGGUCUAUCUCAUUUGAGCAGAUCUUAGCUUCUGUGCUGACAGAAACAGCCCUUGUAAACUACUUUGAGAAGAAGGUCAACAUUCUGCAGAAGAUCAAAGAUCAGAAGAAAGUAGAGAGGCAGUUCAGUUCAUCCAGUGACUAUGAGCUUUCUUCCGUGUCAGGGUGAACUCAAGAAAGCAGAAAUUGUCUUUGGGAGAUAAAACAGGGAGAUAAUGUGGCAGAUGGCAGGAUGGUUUGGUAUUUUAUGUUUGGGGUAUUUUUUGUGUUUAAUCAGAGACCAGUAACUACACAAUUACAAUAGAUUCCAAUCGAUAAGGGGCUUCUGACAGUGACUCUUUUGUGUAGGUGCUGCUUUGGCUACUCCGGCUGACAGAAUUAGAUUCACAUUCUUGAGAGCCAUUAGAACAUAAUAGCCCCUGACAUAUAGAAUUACCACCAUAAAUUCUGCAUGUCGGCCUUUUGCUAUCUUUUAUUUUAAUGAAGUUUUAUUUCAGACAGUAACCGCUCCUUGCCUGCCCUUGUUUGCUGUAGGUUCCUGGGUAACUUGCACAGCAGAUGCAGCCUGGCUUGAAACCACGUUCCCCUUUGGCUGCCAGUCUGAGGGCUAACGCAGUGUAGUCAAGCGCUAUAGGACCCUGACCUAUAAAUAGUCUUGUAAGUUCUUCAGUGCUGUUCUGUGACUCAGCAGCUGUAAUGCAGAUGUGCCCCACUGCUCCCAGCACCCUAAGGUCUAAACACAGACAUUUCUCAGAUCUGCAGGUUUCUUUCAGAUGUGAUUUGGCAUUUUCAUAGUGUAUGACCACCUUUUCUUCUCCUUCAGCAUUCAGGAGUUUUUUAGACAAACCUGGUUUUCUUGCAUUUGCUUUUCUAAUUCUUGGAAAGCCAUUGGUUUUAGUUGGUCUGGGAAGCCACAAGCUCCUUGACUUCGGUGCAGAAGUAAUAUUAAGUCAAUCAACGGGCUCAUGAUGGUUAUAAUGAGGGAAUAAGUUCCUAAAUUAGAAGUCGGUGAAUCAGCCUCAGUGUUACAAGGCAGCAGUAUGCUGGUCUGCUGGACUUUCCCUGUUGGUACAGAAAACAUUCACUGUUUCUUGCUGAUUCUCCAUUUUUACUACCUAGUGAUGGGUCCAGUUUUUAGGAGGACCCCUAAGAAUACUCUGAUCAGUCAGCACUCGCAAAUGCUUGGGGCAGGAAGAUGUGCAGGAGUGUUGUGCCACCUGCAGCUGCUCAGCCCGUCCCUUCUGAACAUCUCCUGUACAAAGAGUCUAGCAGUGGCUCCUAGAAACUAUGACACAUUCAAGAGCAUUUAUACCUAAAGAGGAAGAAUUCAAAGCAGCGUGGCCCUCUGCCAUCAGCCUGUCAUGGGACACCUCAGUAGACUAGAUCACUUUACAGUUAGAAGAGACGAAAUAACUGGGAGACUGAGUGACUGCUCUUUUAAAUCAAUUAAGACCAGAAGAAACUCAAGGGUUAGCCUCCUGGUAGCAGGGCGUGUGCUCCGAGGAAGCAGAAUUAAUGCUGUUCCUACAGAUAAACUCAUCUCGGUACACAGGCAUCCGCCUUGCUGGGCUGAAGUAAGAGAUGCUGCUGCUCGGCGAGAGCAGACCCUGCACUGAAGGCAAGGUUUGCCACAGCUUUUGGCUGGCGUUUGGAAUAGAAAGGAUGGGAAGGACACGUGCGGUUGGAUGUUCCCAUUUAACACUACUUGGUGUGCUACUUAGUGUUAAUUCCUCCUUGUGACAUUCUCUGUAUGUAUUCACAGCUGGUACGUAUUUCUCUGCCUCCUCUGUCCUGUAUCACUGGAGAGCAGCCAUUAGUAAAACUGCUUUUACUAAUUAUUCAGUAAUUUAUUGUAAUUUUUUAAAAGUACAAAUAAUACAUGUGAUUUUACACUGUCUGUCUGUCUUAUCUGUCAUGUACUCAAUAAAUGAGAACCAGAAUCCUAUGGGCUACCUUGACUGGAUUUAUUUCUCUGAGCUCAUGGAAUAUUGCUUGUUCUUUCUCCAUGGCCGUUACCGGAAAGAGCAGACUUGGUGUG